AUGAACUUAACUGAUUGUCAUUCUAGUGAUGCCACGAACAGAUUCGAUGUUUUCCUCGACAAGGACUACAGUGCGCACAGUCUAAUUCUUGAGAUCUGCAAGCGCAACUUCCCUAGUGAUCUACCUGAGUGGGCAACCGGUGAUCGUGUUGAGGUCGCUCGUGGAGUUGGGCAAGAUUGGUACGCACUUCCUUUGCCCAUGCCAAGUGGUGAGCAGCGUGUCAAGCCACUCGUCGACAAGACUGUGAUGGAGCUGGCCACGUCCAGCAUCGGCCUCAAAGGCAUCUUUCGUCUCAAGAUUCUGUCGCACCACCGUGAGCCGCUGGACUGGGAUCCGGUCAUGACUGACACGGGCGUGCGACCUGAUGAUCAAGACCGUGGCAAAAAGCGCAAGACAGCUCAAGGCACCAACAUCAAUCCAUCCGCCAAGCGUCCAGCUGCUGGGUCCAGUUCCGUGGUACUCCCGGGAGGACAUCUCGUAGUCGUAUAA